GAGCCUGUUUCCCCGCCAAAAGCCCACUUUCCCCCCAAGAAAAGUUGCCCGCUGGUUUGGAUUGGUUCCGUUUUUGAGGUCUCUUUGUCUACCAAACCCCUCAUCUGCAAAAUCCAAGUCACCGUUUUCCGCCCAUUCUGAUCCUUCGGCUAUUACUCGCAAUCUGCUAAUCCAUCAUGGCCGCUCUUUUGCAAGCCGCAGAGCUGCUGCUCCAACGAGAGGAGGCGCAGCACUUUCCCAUGCAAGGCAGUGGCGGCAUGCCCCCGCCUCCCGCGCCGUCGAGCAACCAACGGUUUGCCCCGGGCGCACCCAUGCCGAUGGCGUCUCCGCAACAACCCCACCACCCCAUGAUGAUGCACGCACCCCAUGGCUACGCCCCCAUGGAUCCUGGCUACCACGCCGGCUACCAACAUCCAACGCACCCGGCCAACCGCACAGCUCGCUCGCAAUCCAACCCACCACAACCGCUCGCCUACUCGUCUCUCUCCGGUUUCCAUGCUGCACCCCCAACGCGCACCAUGCCAUCGCCGCAGGCGCCCAUGCCCCACGGCGGAGCAUUCCAACAUGGCAUGUACCCCGUCGCACCUCCGGCCAACGCACACCACUACAUGCCUCCAGGGAUGACUGGUAGCUCUCCCUCGGGCAAGUCACUAGGCAUUCCGACCGGCGCAGCUGCGCGUCGGCGUCGGAACAGCUCGAUGCGAGAGAGCUUCAGCUAUGAUGUGUACGAAGAUGACGAGGAAGUGGACGAGGAGGAAGAGGAUGAAGAUGAGGACGAUACCGAAGAUGGGUACAAUGAUGGCGAUGAUGACUUCCAAGUCUCGUCGUCGGCCCGCCGCACUCCUCCAGCGCCGGCGCGCAGCGGCUCACGGUCUCGCACCAUGUCAACUUCGUUCUCGUCUGGGCGCCGAAACAGCGAGAGCGGGUUUCAGCCCUCCAGCUAUCCAGGUCCGUUUGCUGCAGGCCACUCCAACCCUGCCACGAUGUCUCCGGCUUCAAAUUCGUCCGGCUCGUCCGGCGCGACCAGCAGCGGCGGCUUGAAGAACGCCAACUCGGGAUCAACGGGAUCCCUCGGCCCGGCCGACGCCUCCCCUGGUGGUAGCAGCGGCGGUCGCUCUGGCAAGAAGCGAUCUGUCAAGAACCGCGAGCAGCACAACAUGCUUGAAAAGAACCGUCGCGCUCACCUCAAGACGUGCUUUGAAGAGCUGCAAGAGGCCAUCCCCGGCCUCGACAUGGCCAAGCCCUCCACGGUGGCCAUCCUGCAGCACGCCAAGCAGUUUAUCGAGACGCUGCACUACCGCCAGGCGCAACAGCAGGCUGAGAUUGAUCGGUUGCAGCAGCUCAACGUGUGGUGCUGCUCCAAGCUUGACGCGUUGGGUCACCCCGUCCCUGCAGCCUAUCUGCAGCAGCCCAUGCAAGGCAAGGCUCCACAACACCACAUGCACCCGGCCGGCGAGGAAAAUGGACACUACUAUGAGUCUCACCACCACCACCACUCCCACCACCACGAGCACGGGCACCAGAUGGACAUGGAGAGCUCGUCCACCUCCUCGUCCACCCCGAGCGACAAGUCCACAGAUGUCGAUGUUGAGCGUCUUGAUGGCAACUCUCCCGAGCCUCCAGCGCAUGGUACAACCCGAAGCGGUCGCACCUCGCGAGGCCGUCGUGAGCAGUAGCGUCCCUUGCAGGGAUUUUUGUUCCGUAUUUCUCGUUCCUUAACUUGUGCCUUUUGCAUGGGGCACUGCACUCUGAAUCUAGGGUGAUUCUGUUUGUGAGUGCUUCAGUGAGGGCUCUGCUUUUUUGCAUUUCGUGUGGGUUUGUUUGUUUGGUUGGGCGUUUUUUUUUUCUCGUGUUUUGAUAAUCGCCUUUUCUUUUGUUCUCUUCUCCUUGUUCUCCUCUUCUCCUUGCUUUCUUUUUUUUUUUUCUUCCUCCUUUUGCGUGGUUUCAUAUUGCUAGCUGCUAUUGAUUUUGGUUCGGUUUCUUGUUGUC